UUCGCUGCAGAGAUCCUACCUCGGUUCUACCGAAGCUGUUAGCUAGCUAAUCCUGUGAUGGUGUUGACAGCAAAACAAUAGGGUCUGUUUUAAAUGUUGAUACAACGAGACAGUCCAAUAUCUGACUAAAAUACAUCGAAUUAAUAUCCAAGUAUUUGUGGAGAAAGACGCCGCUGGCAGGCCGAGUACAAACGGAUGGGAUUCCCGGUAGUUCGGAGCUAGAUGGAGAAACUGAGAGGGUGGAAGUGUCGGUAUUGUAAAUAAUUAAAUAUCCAUCUGCUGUAAAAUUAGAAGGAAAAUGCAUCUACAUCAGGUGCUGACGGGAGCGGUGAACCCCGGGGAUUGCUGCUAUUCAGUGGGAAGCGUCAAUGACAUUCCAUUCACGGCUUAUGGCUCAGGCUGCGACAUCGUGAUUCUGGCCAGUGAUUUUGAGUGUGUUCAGAUCAUCCCAGGAGCCCAGCAUGGAAACAUACAGGUGGGCUGUGUGGAGUGCUCCCACCAACUUGGCAGGAUUGCCGCGUCCUAUGGGAACAUAGUCUGCAUCUUUGAACCAAUUGCUGCCAACCCAAACAAACGCCACAAGCAACUUAACUACCAGUGGCAAAAGACUGGACAAUUCUUCCUCAAUGCCAUCACCUACAACCUGGCUUGGGACCCACAAGGUAACCGUAUCCUGGCAGCGACAGAGCGUCUGCAGCUUUGGGCCCCCCCGUCCACAGACGUCCUCAUAGAGGAGGAGGACGGACAACUCACCGACGACAAGCCUCAUCCCAACCUGAACGACUGGAACUGUGUGUGGCAGUGCAAGACGGCCGCGGCGGUCCACAUCACCAAGUGGUCCCCAGACGGGGAGUACUUUGCCACGGUGGGGAGGGAGGACUGCCUGCUGAAGGUGUGGUACCCCACCACAGGGUGGCGCUCUGCCGUGGUGCUCCCCGACCCCGCCGAUAAGAGGGCGCCUCUCGUCCACUUCUCCUUCGUGUACCUGGCCCACCCCCGCUCCGUCACCGGCCUGUCCUGGAGGAAGACCAGCAAGUACAUGCCCAAGGGCUCUGUGUGUAACGUGCUGCUGACCUCCUGUGAGGACGGGGUGUGUCGUGUGUGGUGUGAGACCCUGCUGCCUGAGGACAGUCUGCUGGGGGGGCAGAUCUCCGAGAACACACACUCCUACAGCUCCAGCCUGCCCGGCCUGGGGGGCAACAAGGACAAGAUCCAGCACGCUCUGGAGUCGAUCCACCAAUUGAAGCACCUUCGUCGUGGCAGGCGGAGGUCGUCCGCCCUGGUGGCACACACCGAGCUGCUACCCUCCCAGCUGGGCACCCAGGACACACACACACACCGCCACAUCACACACUACGCCAACGCGCUGUGUCACUUCCACAUCUCUGCCAGCAUCAACCCCAGCACAGACAUCCCUGCGGUGCUGGCUGAGUCGGCGGUCUUCAGUCCGGACGAUGGGAGUGGCGGUGGAGGCUUCGUGGUCCACUGGCUCAACAACAAAGACCUGAGCUUCACCUCGUCCAUGGACCUGUUCAUGCUGCAGCUCCGCAAGCUGUCUGAGCAGCAUCUGGAGCACACCACCGAGGACCCCCUCGACCCGGACGGCUCCCCCAUGAAGUUUGACUUUGACCUGGAUGACAUGUCGGACAAGGCCUCGUCCGAGCAGGGGGAGGAAGUGGAGCAGGAGGGCAGCACCAAGGCCUCGUCCCCGGGCUCCAGCAGCAGCGUGCCCCUGCCCUCCAUGCUGCUGGAAAGGAAGAUGGAGACCCUGCUGCUGGAGUGGAACAGGAGCGCGGACAUGCUGUUCACCAUCCACCCCACGGACGGCUCCUUCCUGGUGUGGCACGUCAAGUACCUGGAUGAGUUCAUCCAAGGCAUCUUCAGACAGGUUCAGGUGUCCUUUUCCUCCCGUAUCCCUGUGGCGUUCCCCACAGGUGACGCCAACUCCCUGAGUAAGAACAUCCUGAUGUACGCGUGCAGUGUCCCUGAGGCUGAGGUCCCCGGGGCGGGCGAGCAGGGCAGGAGGGGCCGGCGGGUCCCCCGCUCUGCCUCCAUCUCUGCCGGGCUGGGCUCCCCUGCCCUGGGCCCCAGCCUCAGCCUCACCCCCGGCAUCGGCCCUGCCGUCAUGAUGGUGUCCAAGCACGUGGACGGGUCCCUCAACCAGUGGUCGGUGACGUUCGCCGAGCUCUCGGCCUUCUCCAACGUUCUGACCGUGUCCCACAAGUUCCGCUACUGCGGCCACCGAUUCCACCUGAAUGACCAGGCGUGCCACACAGUCCUGCCCCUGCUGCUGACCUCCUCUCACCACAACGCCCUGCUCACCCCACCCUCCGCCCCCGGGGCCCCUGACGUCGACCAGCCCCCCGUCCUCGCCCCCUCUAAGGGGCUCCACAGGAAACACCUGCGCAACGCCGCCACGAGAACCUUCCAUGACCCGAAGGCCAUCUACAGCGAGCUGAUCCUGUGGAGGGUGGACCACAUCGGCCCUCUGUCCUGCACCGGGGGGGUGUCAGAGCUGGCCAGGAUCAACUCCCUCCACACCUCCGCCUUCAGCAACGUGGCCUGGCUGCCCACCCUGGUCCCCAGCUCGGUCCUAGGUACGUACUGCAACAGUGCCAGCGCGUGCUUCGUGGCGUCGGACGGGAAAAACCUGCGUCUGUACCAGGCCGUGGUGGACGCCAGGAAACUACUGGACGAGCUCUCCGACCCCGAGACGUCUAAACUAGUGGGGGAAGUGUUUAACAUCGUGAGUCAGCAGUCCACCGCCCGACCAGGGUGCAUCAUCGAGCUAGACGUCAUCACCAACCAGGUACGAGGGUGUUCUCACCAGCUGCUGCAUGUGUUCCAGGAGGACUUUAUCCUGGGCUACCAUCCCCAGGAGGAGCCAGAGCUGUUCACGCCUGCCUUCCCCUCCACUGAGGUGUACGAGGCCCCUCCCUUCUCAGAGAAGUUCUUCCUGGUGGUGAUAGAGAAGGAUGCCAACAGAAACUCUAUCCUGAAGAUGUGGCACCUGCACCUCAAGUCUGUUCACGCCUGCAUGGACGAGCCGGUGGCAGAGCAGACGUUCCAGAGCCAGCUGAUGGUGCCCAUGCAGCACCUGAACACCGACUCGUCCCCCGACGCCUCCCCUCUCACCCCCCUGCCGCGCUCGGCCUCCACGGCCAACCUGCAGUCGGCCAGCAAGCUCAUCCUCAGCUCCCGCCUGGUCUACAGCCAACGCCUGGAGCUGCCCGCCGGCGUGGAGGUCACCCGGGCCACGCCCUCCGCAGGUCACCUUAGCUCCUCCUCCAUCUACCCGGUGUGCCUGGCGCCGUACCUGAUCGUCACCACCUGCUCCGACUCGCACGUGCGCUUCUGGCGCUGCGCGGUGGAGGGCAGGGAGGGGCAGGCGGAGGGGCAGGCGUACCGCUGGGAGCACUGGGCGCUGCUGAACGAGGAGGAGGACAACAACAGCUCGGUGCGCGUGCCGGGCCGGCCCGUCGCCGUCUCCUGCUCCUACACCGGACGCCUGGCCGUCUCCUUCAAACAGCCGCGGCCUGGACAGCCGCAGGGCUCAGGAGCGGACUUCUCCAUGCACGUGUCCAUCUACGAGUGUGAGUCCACGGGCGGGUCAGAGUGGGUCCUGGAGCAGACCCUCCACCUGGACGACUUCACCAGACCCACCUCCACCCUGGACCCCCGCGUCAGCGUCGACUCCAACUUGUUCGUCUACAGCAGGUCUGACCUGUACAUGAGCCGGGACCAGCGCUCCCCCAACAUCAAGCACUACGUCCACCUGGACUGGCUGUCCAAGGAGGACGGCUCCCACAUCCUCACGGUGGGCGUGGGCUCCAACAUCCUCAUGUACGGGCGCAUCUCCGGCAUGGUCAACGAGCAGCCCUCCGGCAAGGACGGCGUGGCCGUCAUCACGCUGCCACUAGGAGGCAGCAUCAAGCAGGGCAUCCGGUCCCGCUGGAUCCUGCUGAGGACCGUGGACCUGCUGUCCUCGGUGGACGGGACCCCGUCCCUGCCCGUGUCCCUGUCCUGGGUGAGGGACGGCAUCCUGGUGGUGGGGAUGGACUGUGAGAUGCACGUGUACGCCCAGUGGAAGCAGGACAGGAAGCCGGGCGAGGGCGAUGGCGGGAGUCUGUCGUCCGCCGACAACAUCGCGGGGGUUGAGGGGCGGGCCCGGUCCAAGAGCGUGAUGGAGGGGACCACGGCGGUGGACGAGGCGCUCAUGGCCCCCGCGGGUCUGCAGGAGGGGGGGCUGUUUGAGGCGGCUCACUCCCUGUCCCCCACCCUGCCGCAGUACCACCCCACCCAGCUCCUGGAGCUGAUGGACCUGGGAAAGGUCCGCCGCGCCAAGGCUAUCCUGUCUCACCUGGUGAAGUGCAUCGCCGGAGAGGUUGCCGUGGUGAGGGACGUGGAGGCGGGCGAGGGCGGGGCCAGGAGGCACCUGUCCAGGACCAUCAGCGUGAGCGGCAGCACAGCCAAGGACACCAUACUGGCCGGGAGAGACGGGGGGAGAGACUACACCGAGAUCAACUCCAUCCCCCCGCUGCCCCUGUACGCCCUGCUGUCGGCCGACCUGGACACCUCCUACAAGGGCGGGGACGAGGGGGCCAAGGCCGGCAUGGAGGGGGAGGGGCCUCAGACCAGCGCGGAGAACCAGUAUUCUGAUCUGUUCCAGGUGCAGGCAGUGACCACGGACGACUUUGUGAACUUCGCCACAGAGAAGGUGGAGAAGAAGUCUCGGGUCAUCAACCUGUCUCAGUACGGAUCCACGUACUUCGGACCGGAGCAUGCCCAGGUGUUGUCCAGUCACCUGAUGCACUCCAGCCUCCCGGGUCUGACCAGACUGGAGCAGAUGUUCCUGGUUGCCCUGGCCGACACUGUGGCCACCACCAGCGCUGAGGUCAGCAGCUCCACUGACAAGCAGUACACAGGGGGCGAGGCCCUGGAUGAGUGCGGCCUGAGGUACCUGCUGGCCAUGCGCCUGCACACCUGUCUCCUCACCUCGCUGCCUCCCCUGUACCGCAUGCAGCUGCUGCACCAAGGCCUGUCGACGUGCCACUUUGCCUGGGCGUUCCACUCCGAGGCGGAGGAGGAGAUGCUGAACAUGAUCCCGGCCAUGCAGCGUGGAGACCCCCAGUGGUCCGAGCUCAAGGCGGUCGGCGUAGGCUGGUGGAUCCGCAACAUCAACACCCUCCGCAAGAUGGUGGAGAAGGUGGGCAAAGCUGCCUUCCAGAGGAACAAUGACCCCUUAGAUGCUGCUCUGUUCUUUCUGGCCAUGAAGAAGAAGGCUGUGCUCUGGGGCUUGUUCAGGUCCCAGCACGACGAGAAGAUGACCACGUUCUUCAAGAACAACUUCACCGAGGACCGCUGGCGGAAGGCAGCCCUGAAGAACGCCUUCUCUCUGCUGGGCAAGCAGCGCUUCGAGCAGUCUGCUGCCUUCUUCCUGCUGGCUGGCUCCCUCAAAGACGCCAUGGAGGUGUUGCUGGAGAAGAUGGAGGAUAUCCAGCUGGCCAUGGUGGUGGCCAGGCUGUACGAGGCCGACUACGAGAGCUCCUCCACCUGCCAGGGCAUCCUGUUUGAGAAGGUGCUCGGAUGCAACAGGGACGGCAGCGGAUACCACUGCACCAAACUCCACCCUGACCCCUUCCUGCGGAGCAUAGCCUUCUGGAUCAUGAAGGACUACACCAAGGCCCUGGACACGCUCCUAGAGCGGAUCCCCAAAGAGGACGAAGAAAACCCCGAUACGAUGGUACGAUCCUGCAACCCAGUGGUGUUUAGUUUCUAUAACUACCUGAGGACACACCCCCUGAUCAUCCGCCGUCACUACGGCCAGCCGAACGGCACCCCGGCCAGCGCGGGCCUCACGUCCGAGAAGAGCAGCGCGGACGAGAUCAACCUCAUAGAGCGCAAGCUCUUCUUCACCACCGCCAAUGCACACUUCAAGGUGGGCUGUCCAGUGCUAGCCCUGGAGGUGCUCUCCAAGAUCCCCAAGGUCACCAAGAAGUCCGGCUCUUCGUCCCAAAGCAGAGGCCCGUCCAUGGCCAACGUCAGCUCCAGACAGCCCCUGGAGAAUGGGACCCAGGGGGGGGGCAUAGACUGGGGCGGUCCUCCCCCAGCCGCCCCUGCCCAGGCCUGGGGAGAGGAGAGCUCUGCCACCCUGGACUGGGGUCAGCCUCUGGUCAAGCUGGAGGACGAUGGGCUGCAGCUGGACUGGGGAGUGGACAAGGAGGACGAGGAGGAGGAUGAUGAUGGAGGUCUGACGAUGGGGAAGCCAGAGGGCAAGGCAGAGGAUGUGUCGGGGGGAGAGAGACCUGGGAUGCAGAGAGAGGAGUCUCAGGGUGAGUCGGAGGUGGACGUGAUAGCCGAGCAGCUGAAGUUCCGGGCGUGUCUGAAGAUCUUGAUGACGGAGCUGCGGACGCUAGCCACGGGCUUCGAGGUGGACGGAGGGAAGCUGCGCUUCCAGCUGUACAGCUGGCUGGAGAAGGAGAUCGGAGCCAUGCACAGGAUCUGUAACUACAAGGUGAAGGGGAAGGAAGAAGCGAAGGAGGUGGAGAAGUGGGGGGAGGGGGAAGGAGAGUUCCAGGAGGACGAUCGCACGGAGGCCGGGGCGUACGAGCGCCACCAGCUGGAGCGCCGUCGCCUCCAGGCCAAGCAGCUGCACGCGGAGCGCCGCAAGGCCUGGCUGAGGAAGAACCAGGCGCUGCUCAGGGUGUUCCUGUCCUACUGCAGCCUGCACGGGGCCAAGGGCGGAGGGGUCACCUCCGUACGCAUGGAGCUCAUCUUCCUGCUGCAGGAGAGCCAGCAGGAGACCACAGUAAAGCAGCUGCAGUCUCCCCUACCCCUGCCCACCACCCUGCCCCUGCUGUCAGCCAGCAUAGCGCCCACCAAGACCGUCAUCGCCAACCCCGUCCUGCACCUCAGCAACCACAUCCACGACAUCCUCCACACCAUCACCCUCAUGGAGCUGCCGCCCCACCCAGACCUCCUGGACGACAGGGUGAUUGCUCUACACACCCUGGCUGCCUCUCUAUCUGCCUGCAUCUACCAAGCCCUGUGUGACAGCCACAGCUAUAGCAGUCAGGCGGAGGCCAACCAGUUCACAGGGAUGGUGUACCAGGGCCUGCUGCUCAGUGAGAGGAGGAGACUACGUACGGAGAGCAUCGAGGAGCACGCCACUCCAAGCUCCGCCCCCUCACAGUGGCCUGGUGUGUCGUCCCUGAUCUCGCUGGUUCAGUCUGCCAGGGAGCAGGACCAGCCUAGGCUGAACGUGCUGCUGUGUGAGGCGGUGGUGGCCGUGUACCUGUCCCUGCUCAUCCACGGCCUGGGCACACACUCCGGGAACGAGCUGUUCCGCCUGGCCGCGCACCCCCUCAACAACCGCAUGUGGGCCGCUGUCUUCGGGGGAGGGGCCAAGGUCAUCAUCAAGCCCAAACGUCCCGAGAUAGCUCCAGCUGUGCCCCCCCCGCCCCCGGUGGAAGAUGUGGACCGGCACCGGCGCAGGUUCAACAUGCGGAUGCUGGUCCCUGGCCGUCCGGUGAAGGAGACCCCCGCCACACCCCCGCCCGUGCCCCCGGAGAGGCCCACCUACCGGGAGAAGUUCAUCCCCCCGGAGCUGAGCAUGUGGGACUACUUUGUGGCUAAACCCUUCCUGCCUCUGUCAGACAGCGGUGCUCUGUACGACUCGGACGAGAGCGGCGCUGAGGAGGAGGAGGACGAUGAUGACGCCUUCCUCUCUGACACUCAGAUGACGGAGCACUCGGACCCCAACUCCUACAGCUGGUCUCUGAUCCGUCUAGUGAUGGUGAAACUGGCUUUGAACAACGUCAAGACGUUCCUCCCCCUCACCGGCCUCGACUUCACAGACCUGCCUGUGACCUCUCCUCUGAGCAACGCCAUGCUGAAGACCCUGGAGAACUGGGAGCAGAUGAUGCUGGAGAGGAUGAACAAGUUUGACGGCCCCCCGCCCAACUACAUCAACACCUACCCCACCGACCUCAGCGCUGGGGGCGGCCCAGCCAUCCUCAGACACAAGGCCAUGCUCGAGCCCGACAACACACCCUUCAAGAACAAGAACCAGGUGUCGUUCCCCGCCAGGCGUCUGUGGCACUACCUGGUGAAGCAGGACAUCCUGCAGGAGACGCUGAUCCGCUACAUCUUCACUAAGAAGAGGAAGCAGAGCGAGUCUGUAGACAACCAUGUGGACCAUCUCAAUCCAAACAGCAUAGCAGGAGCUCUCAGGUCCAGCAAGGUGGAGGCGGAUCUGGGAUACCCAGGAGGCAAGGCUAAAAUCAUCCACAAGGAGUCGGAUAUUAUCAUGGCCUUUGCUAUAAACAGGGCCAACACCAACGAGAUCGUGCUGGCUUCCACCCACGACGUCCGGGUGGACGUGUCGUCGCUGGUGGCGGCCCAGCCCUACACCUGGAUCGGAGACGACUUCGACAAGGAGUCCCGCAGCUCCGACGACGUGGAUCACCGCUCGUCCCACACCAACAUCGCCCAGGCCAGCAGCGCUCCCUUCGCGCCCCCGCAGAUGGCUGUGUCCGCCUCCAUGCCCUGGCUGGGCAGCGGGCAGACCAGCAUGGGAGCCAGCGUGGUACGACGCUUUAGUCGAUCUGUUUAUUCUCUUUUUUUUUUUGGACACGACAUCUCUUUAAAAACGCACGCCACGAGGACGCACCUACAUUUAGAGACCUUUCACCUCAGCACUUUUUUUCCCAGUGCUGAGGUGUGGAAGCUGGCGGGUCACGGCCUCAUGCACUCCUUCAGCACGGAGCACGCCAAGCAGUCCAUAUUCCGCAACAUCGGCGCGGGCGUCAUGCAGGUGGAGACCCGCCCCGGAAACCGCAUCUUCACCUGCGCCGACGGCACGCUGAAGAUGCGCGUCCUGCCGGACCGCUACAACAUUCUCAACAGCAUCUUCGACAUCCUGUAGCCGAGCGGCCGUCUGGGCCUCGAACAACGGAAAGGAGCC